AGUACCCGUUAAACGAAGAGCAAUGUUUAAUAACGCUAUCCUUAGAAAACAGAUGACUUUUUUGCUUGCGUUCAUGAUAAAACUUGAGCCACAGACCUUUAGCAUCAGCCUCACAGGGAAGCCCGCAAUCCCGCAGUCUUACUUGGGAGGAGUGAAGGCGCGGCACGAUGGGCGUGGAGACGUGGCUGCUGCUGGUGACGGUGGCGGUGCUGGCGUGGCUCUACUCCAGGUGGCGUCACAGCUACUGGGCCUCGAGGGGCGUGGCCUCCCCGCCAACCCUGUCCUUCAUCGGACAUUUUCACAAGUCGAUGUUCAUAAACAAGAAGCCGUGGGAGUUCCAGACUGAGUUGCGCAGCAGGUACAGGGAGCCGUCAAUGUGUGGCCUGUAUGAGUUUUUCAAGCCUGUCUUGAUGGUCUGGGAUAUUGAGAUGAUGAAGCACAUUUUUGUUAAAGACUUUGACCACUUCACUAACCGAAGAGAAUUCAAUUUCGAUAAUGCUGGCCAUGAAAGGGAUAAAAUGAUGAUGGAGAUGCUGUCAGUAAAGAACGGUCCCCAGUGGAAGGGUCUGCGGGCCAUCAUGUCUCCCACCUUCACCUCAGGCAAGAUGAAAAGUAUGUAUCCUCUGGUGUGCGAAAAGGCCGAUGCUCUGGUCAAGUUUUCGAUGAACCAAGCAACCAAACAGCCUCACGUGGACAUGAAGACAAACUUUGGCCGAUUCACAAUAGAUACAAUUGCAUCUUGUGCGUUUGGUCUUGAGUGCAAUUCUCUGGUGAAUGAAAAUGCCGAAUUCCCUCGUAAGGCAGAAAUCUUUUUCAAUAUAACAGGAGUAAGAUUUCUGAAAUUUGUUAUCUUGGCAAUUGCUCCUAAAAUCUUAAGAACCUUCAGUAUUAGCGUAAAUCCC